AUGGAUUCUCAUUAUAGUUGCCGGCAACGGCGUUUUCGUCCGCAUUCACCAAUACCACAGGAAUCAAAUCCAAUUUAUCGAUCCUCUGAAUUGGACUAUUCUAUUUCCGGUACUGGGGCUGGCGGUGGAGGUGGAUAUUAUUUUGGUGCUUCAGGACCUGGUCAUUUUGGAAGUGAGAAACAACCACGACGGUCGCGAUCAUUGGAGAAUCGAAGAGACUGGUUAUUCACUGAUGAUUAUGGAUUUCCAGUAAUGGGAACAGACGAGAGAUUUAAUGGUGCUUCAAAAAGGUAUCAGUGUCAACAACAACGAAACUAUCAUUAUCAGCCGUAUCUUAGUAUUAAUACUGGUCCUGCUACCGGAUAUCGAGGUACCUACGAUGGACGACGUGGUAACGAACAUUAUUUUGAUAACUUUGUCACUCUACAAUCCAAUCCUACUGAAUCUGACUGGGAUGCCCUGGAUCGUUCAAUUCGAAAUUAUCGUGAAAAUCCCAACGGUGAACAAAUGGCUGUAACCGUUCGACGUUCCAAAGCUCAAAGUUUAUCUCCAGUUCGUCCAAGUCAUGGUGGUAUUGGUGGUACUUUAGGUGGUACCAAAUCAAGGCGACACAAUUUACCGUCAUACUUUUAUCGACAUUCUGGGACUGUUGGAGGCUUUGCAGGAUCGCAAAGUGGUAUCGCUGUCAAUAGAAAUGAAUCAGUACGGCGUACCCGAAACGAUUUUCCCAGUGGUUCAGCGUUACAAGAUGAGGUGGAGUUUGGUGCUGAUCGUGGAAUAGUAAAUUACUAUCGAGCUAUUAAUUCUAGUCAUCAACAACCUGAUUAUUAUGGACCAGGAGUUGGACCUGCAAAUGUUACAAGUGCAAUGAGAGAUCGAGCAAUAAUCCGUGGUACUACAGCAGAUACUACACGUUAUGGUUUUGGAGCGCAAAAAUACUACAAGUUUCACUGUUGUUGUUUGAGUUUUCGUUGGCCACCUUGGGCUUUUGAAGAAGUGGAACCACCACAACCGAUAUAUCGUCGUACUUAA